AUGCGUUACUCCACACUCUUUUUCUCCAUUCUAGCUACCAGCGUGGCCUGCGUCAGCGCCAACCCAGUUCUCACCACAUUCAAAAACUCAUUUGCUUUAGCAGCCAGCUUCGACGGAACGAUUCCAGCAUAUUGGACAGGUCUUCCUCACCAUCGCAGAACCCCAUUUUCCGUCUCUCCUGAUGGGAAAUCGGCGUAUCUCGCUUAUCUGGAUGCUACGUUGAAGACGGUCCAUGUUCAGCAGGUUGAUACUGAGACAUUUACUGCGGUUGGAACACCGUUCUCUACGCCUGGCUUUGAGGCUGCUGGGCUGGUUGCGCAGGAUGAUGGCUUUGCUUUGCUUGCGACUGUUAAGGCUGCCGAGAAGACGACUACGGAAGAUGCACCCAUUGUCUCUUUGCUCAGAGUCAAGGGUGGAGCUGAGGCGUGGAGAACUCCUUUGAAUGGACCUGGUGUCAAUGCCGCGGCUGGUGUGAGUUACUUUUAUGAUACUGUAUUAUUACCAGCGAAAAUACUGACGAAGAUAGUUGACCGCAACACCUGAUGCUAACGGGGAUCUUGUUUAUUCUUCCGCUUCAGGUCUCUAUGCAGCUUACUUUGUUGUCACUGGUAAAUUUCCCUCGAACUUCUUAGAUUACUCGCUUAGUUUUCAUGAUCUCUGACAUUUCACAGCCUACACCGGUAAUGCAGCUGGUCAUUUCGGAGACUCUAUUCAGUAUGUCGAUGACACUGGUGCCCGCCAGAACAUCCCGUCUGCAAGCACCUUUGGCUGCUCCCACAACACAGGAAUCGCCCUAGAAGCAGCAGAUGUCCCUCCAUUCGCCAGUAUCUGCGCCGAGGACCACGGCGCCAUCUGGUUGAACACCGAAACCAGAUAUAUGAGCGGCGUAAAGAUCGCCAACGAAAACACCACCAACGGCGUCAGCGGAGAACCCAUGGGAGGCAUGAGCGGUUCUUACAGCAACUUGGCUCUUUUCCCUGGAACUGCAGAAUACAUCUUCGCCUGGCAGUCGCGCGGUGCUGUGGAUUUGUAUACCGAUUCUUGGAUGGGAGCGCCUUAUAUUCAAAGUUCUCCGAGAUGGCUGAACCACAACGUAGCCAUUGCUAUUCUCGCCAGCAAGUCUAAACUUGCUGGGGAAGAAGCUUCCUCUGUUGUUGGCGCCAAAGACGGCGAUUCUCAAGUCAUCUGGCUCACGAAGACCGAUACCGUUGACCACGAGAACGUCCGUGUUGCUACCCUCAACUCAACUCUUGCACUUGUCACAUGGGAAACUCUCGAGAACCCGACCUGUCAACCUGUUCCAAUGAGUUGCACAGGUACCUUCGCCGGCACCAGUUUCCAAUUCGUGGAUGACUCUGGAAAGAAAGUCGGCACCGAGAAGGUCGAUCCUGAGGUAACAGUUAGUGGUGAUAUGGCUGUCAUCAAUGGUAAAAUUUGCUGGCCUUACGUCGUCCAACCUUGGGAUCUGACCAAGGCCAGAUCCAAGGGAACACCCACCUCGAGUAUGAGUUUCGCUUGUGCUGGUGUGAAUGGUGCGCCUGUUGCGGCAGCGGUUGCCAGUCCUCCAAGCACUGCCCCCCCUACUUCUUCUCCAGGCCCAAGUAUUCCCACCAAGGCUCCUGAAUUAGCAAACCAAUAUUACGGUCUUCCACAAACCGCCAAAACUCCGGUUCCAUCACCGACUACAACUCCAGCAACGUUUGCUUCCGGUAGCGCGGGCGCAGCCAGAAUGUCUACUAAACCACUUCCAACCUCGACCAAGGCGACAACACCUUCUGCUCCGGGUAUCAGACCCAUCUAUAUAUUUCCAAAUGGUACCAUAUCCACCAACGUCACGAACCCCACGCCUUCAGGUGGAUACGCAUCCGGUGGUUCACGUCUGUACCCAACUGGAAUCUCGAAGCCUGUUCCAGAAGACGACGACGUUUGUGAGAACUAGAAUGCUUGAAUCAAAUCAUCUUGCCAGGCUUGCAUAGAGGAUUGAUGGAGUAUGGGUAUUUCGACUGAUUGACUCAGUUAUCGCGUGUUCAUGUUCUUGUAUAUAUCUUUAUCUUGAUAGAGUAUGGGUGCUUUGACUGAUUGAUUCAGUUGUCGGGUGUUUACGUUCUUGUAUAUAUCUUUAUCUUGAUCCAGUCUUGCGACUUGGUUUUUGAGGGGAAAGGAGUAAAGGAGUAGGGAAAUGUACAGCUUUCCCA